AUGAAUCCUCAUACAUCCUCAUGGGACUCUAAUGUAUUGGAUGGCCAAUUGCACAGAAAUGUGACUAAGUACUCCAAUUUCUUACAAAAAUUAUCAACUAGUUCACAAGUCGAUAAGUUAUCGCAGCUUAUUAAAAGAGAGCGAUCAGAACAAUUACAGUCAUUGGAUCAAUUCAUUGAAGAAGCACAAACAAAACAUAACUCCGCUAUUCGCAAACUGGAGCUACAAAGAACCGAUUUGACUUCAACUUUAUCACAAUACCAUUCUGCCGUAUCAGUGAUAUCUGAUUCAAAUGUUGUUGCGAAGACGAUAAAUUAUGAUAUUUCAACCAUUGAUGUUGAGGAUAAAUUAAUCAAAAAAACCCUGGAUUUUGUUUCUCACGUUAAGAAGUUAAAGAAUAACAUCUCAGUAGUUCAUGGUGCACUGGAAUCAAAAAAUUAUAUCUUAGCAGCAAAGUCUAUUCAAGAGAUUAGAAAUGUGCCAAAAGAAAUUUUGGAAUCAGAGUUUGCUAAAAAGACCGUGCCAUCAAGUGAAAUACCGGAGGAACCCUCUGUUCUUCUUGAUAUUUGGUGUGAGCAGUUCAGUGAACUGCUGAGGACAAAUUUUUUGAACGCUGCCAAGUCUCAAGAUGUUCAGCAACUAACUAUGAUGUUUAAAAUGUUUCCAAUGGUCGGGCAAGAUAGUUUAGGGCUUGAUCUCUAUUCUAAAUAUGUCUGUGAUAUAAUUGCCGAAGAAAGUCGUAAAGUUGUAACCGGUGAUAUUAAAAAAAAUGGCGUAUUUGCAAGAGCAUUAUUUCAUCUGUUCAGAAUUGUUUCCACUAUAAUUAACGAUCACUCAAAAAUUAUCUCUAGUUGUUAUGGUGUGAAUCAUAUGAUUCACGUUAUGGAAAAGGUUGAGAAGGAGGCAGACUUGCAAGGUGGCCUUGUACUGGAUAUGUUUACAGAGACAAGGAAAGUGGAUCGUUUUGUCAAAGAGAUAACUGAGUGGUUCAGUAAAAGAGAAAGCAUUGAUAAUCAAGAUGAAAAAAAUAAUAUUGAUAGCGAUGACGAUACUCGUUAUGAUUCGGAUGAUAUUAAUGAUAAUGAAGAAAAUAACUCAACUGUAAUUGGUGCAAAUGAACUAUCGAACUUGGUCAAUGAAUUUUCUGAAAUGUUGAAAACUUGGUCAAUGUAUGCAAAAUUUUUUUCCGCUAGAUGGUAUGAAUUUUCAAAUAUAAAGGAUGUUGAUUGUUUGGUUCCACCACCACCCAUUCUUGACGGAAGGUUCACAUUGAAGCUUAAAAAUGAUAACGUCGCUACAAAUUUUGAGACUCUAAUCAUGUUCUCCUUGAAUAAAGCAUUUACCAAAAGCCUAUUAUUAGAGGAACUUCCGUCUUUAAACAAUUUAAUAACAUUGAAGUCAGUAAAGCAUGACGAAGUUUCUUCAUAUCCUAUUUCUUCAGUCUUGGAAGAUACAGCACUAUUAAUAAGAGAAAAUUUAAUGUUAACUGUGAACACUGGUCAAUACCAAAUAUUUUCCCAUUUUUUGGAUCAAUUGGCAAAAUUUUAUCAGAAUGAGUUUCUAGUUAAAUUCUUGCAAUCAAAGUUCAAGAAUUUGCAGCCUAAAUUGACUGUUUCUCUAGCCCUCAAAAAAUAUGUACCGACAGGCGCAAGUCCCUCGAAUUCAAAUGUGAACUCAAGAGGUAUCUCGCCGUCUAUUACUGAAAGUUACGCGUCUGCUAAAUUGUCACAACUUGGUUUCAAUUUUAGAGGUGCUGCGGCAAACGCUUUAACAAAUUUUCAAACAAAUUUACAAUCCGUUGUAUCAGACGAGGAAGCAGUUCUGGCAUUUCAUCAUUUUCUGAUAUAUAUCAACACACUUUCGUUGAGUAGACGUUUUGUGCAUAAAUUGUUGUCAAUAGAAAUAUUGACGGAACGUCCCAAUUUAUUGCGUUGUAAUUUUCCCUUUGAAGACAAUGCACAACAGUUAAUCACUAAAGUAAAUGCGUGUGAAGAUUUAAUGGUUAAACAAAACAACAAACUUCAGAAAUGGGCCGUCAAGUUUUUAUUUGAAAAUAUUGUCAGCAAGAGAAUACGAACCAUAACAACAAAUUGCUUUAUCAACGGGAAUGAUAACAACUACGUAUCGGGCGCUGAUGAUUUCGAGGUUAUGCCCGGUAUGAAUGAAUUUGUUAAAAAGUGGAAGCAGAAUAUGAUUCCUUUUCAAAAUAUUUUGUAUGACGAUGCUUAUACGGAACUACUCACCCUAAUAGUGGAGUAUAUUAUCAAGAUUGUUGAACAAAGAAUAUGGUUGUUGAAGGUAAAUGAGUUGGGGGCAACCAAGUUGGAUCGAGAGCUCAGUUUAUUUAUCCAGACUAUCUGCUGGUUCAAUUAUACUCUCAGAGAAAAGUUCACCAGAUUGACCCAAAUUGUCUUGAUAUUGGGAUUCGAUGAUGACAAUUUUGACGUAACCACUGGUGAUAUUAAAGAAGAGCUCGUUAGCAGCAUCAAAUGGGUACUGAGCCCUCAAGACCGUAUAGAAGCAAGAAAUCUUAAAAUUGAUAAAAGACAAUAA